AAGACAUUAUUGCCCUCCUUUGAAUGAAUACAAUAUUUUCACAACUGCCGUUUCCGGUUUACCAUUUAAAAUUCAAGCUAACCGAGAAACAUGUUUAGUCGCCGUAUAAUAACCUAGAAUACACCGCAUUGUGAACGGAAGUGGCUUCUGUUAUUUUACAACAUGUUAUUACAUCUAUUUUACGAGGACUCCGUAAGUCUAUAAAGCAUUUUACAAGCAUUGGGUGUAUCGGGAUGAUAUUAGGAGAGUUUUCUCCAACAUUCAGAGAGAUUCUUCCAACGUUAAGACGGCGUGUAUGAAUGUGUCUGAUUCCCCUUUUCUAGCUCUAUGUAUUGUUGAAGCGUCCUGCAGCCACCUCACAUGAAAACAUAAAAAAUAAAAAAUGAAUAAACCAUUGUAUUCAUUUCAGCGAUUUUUUCGCCCAGUCACAUCUAAAGGGUCUAAAUUAUAUCUGACCGAAGAAAGAGAGCCAUGGCAGGAUUGAUUUACUCGCUGUAUUGGUAAAUAUGACCACGUGAUCCAUGUAACCAAUCCCUGUUGGUGCAGGCCAGCAAAAAUACUAUGAUUGUUCAUAGAGGGACGCUUCCCGUAACAGUUCAACCCAUAUUAUAUGAGUAGGAAGAGAUCAAAAAUGUCUUCCAGUGGCACUCUCAGUAACUGCUAUGUGGACGCUAUCAUGGGGCAGGAGCCGGAGGAUGCGUACGGGGCUCGCUUUAUUCAGGCUCCGCACACGGUGACCCCGAGGCCGCCAGGUGCUGGGGACAACGCCGACUUCUCCUCUUGCCAUUUUGCACCAAAGUCGGCCGUUUUCUCCUCGUCUUGGUCCUCGGUUCACCCGCAGGGGAUUUAUCAUCCGUACAUGCACCACCACCACCACCACCAGGCUCACCUCCCCGCCUCGGACGGCAGAUAUGUGGGCAUCCGCUCCUGGAUGGACCCCAUCUCCAACCACGUUUCGUUCGCCGGAUUUCACUCCAGCGGCCGCUCGUACGGAACAAAGCCGGAGGUCUCGCCACCGAAAGCGACAGAGUGCGACGCGCUGGAGGCAGCGGCUCGGCCGAUGGCCGGGGAAUUCGCGUGUGGAGUAUCGGAUUGUCAGGAAAAAGCGACCACGGAGCACAGUGGAAGUGAACUUUCGAUCCACAGCGAGCCCAGAGAGGAGAAACAACAACUGGACCCAAACAACCCCGCAGCAAACUGGAUUCACGCACGCUCCACGAGAAAGAAGCGAUGCCCGUACACGAAAUAUCAGACUUUAGAGCUGGAGAAGGAGUUCCUCUUCAACAUGUAUCUGACCAGAGACCGACGCUUUGAAGUGGCCCGCAUACUCACUUUAACCGAGAGACAAGUGAAGAUCUGGUUCCAGAACCGGAGGAUGAAAAUGAAGAAGAUGAACAGGGAGAGGAGCGGCAGAGAGCUGCUCUGAAAUCACUGCCCUUUGACACAUUUGUAUACCAAGGAAGCCAUCUGAACAAUUACAUUGAUUUUGGUAGGAGCAUCGGUAGCGAUUUUAUUAGACCUCUAGAGUAAUAUUGCGUGCUGACCUCGACAUCGCAAAUGCAGGAAUGUGUCUCUGUGACAUUCAGACUGGACACACACUGAUUCAUCUGAUAUUUUCAGUUUUUCAUUUCACUCAACCGCAAUAGCAGGUUUGUCAGAUGUGUUGAGCCUCCCUUAAGAACCGUGUUUAUGUGUAAUGCUUAUUGCUAAGAAUUUGGAGUUGUAUAUAAAACAUUUUCACAGCU